GAGUGCCAUACUGAACGCAAGCAUUGAAAUGAACGUUAGCAUAUAUAAUGCGUACUUUGAACACUCAGGGCGUGACUUUCAGGAGUUAACAAUAGGUGCUAAACAUAUCCGAUGGUUUCAAUACCGCCAUUCUAAAUGUUACGACCUUAUUUGAGGAUAACAGUGUUGACUGGGUAGAAGAGCAAGCGUCACCAGCAUUCCGGACACGAUCACAGAUUGGGAAGGCACCAGAGCGGCAUCCAGCCCCAGCGGCAAGGCUAUGGCGACUAUGAUUUUCAUCCUAAUCUCGACAGCUGUCUUUGGAUGUGUCGUGUCUCAGGAAAACAACGACUAUUUUGGAACAUAUGUAUCUCCUCAAGGUGGAUCAAUACCAUUCUUCAACAAACAAAACAAAGUUAAUUCGACCACUACUGUUUCUGCAGCCUCUUCAACAACAUUACCUUCAUCGUCCCCUGCCAUCGUUCCAACUGCAAGAUCAGCAUCAACGACGGUUGAUCUGUACUCUACCACCCGUUCAAGCAUCAUAACACCUGACUCCGCAUCAACGACGGUUAAUCUGUACUCUACCACCCGUUCAAGCAUCCUAACUCCUGACUCCGCAUCAACGACGGUUAAUCUGUACUCUACCACCCGUUCAAGCAUCCUAACUCCUGACUCCGCAUCAACGACGGUUAAUCUGUACUCUACCACCCGUUCAAGCAUCCUAACUCCUGACUCCGCAUCAACGACGGUUAAUCUGUACUCUACCACCCGUUCAAGCAUCAUAACACCUGACUCCGCAUCAACGACGGUUGUUCUGUACUCUACCACCCGUUCAAGCAUGAUAACGCCUGACUCCGCAUCAACGACGGUUAAUUUGUACUCUUCCACCCGUUCAAGCAUGAUAACACCUGACUCCGCAUCAACGACGGUUGAUCUGUUCUCUACCACCCGUUCAAGCAUCAUAACACCUGACUCCGUUCCAACGACGGUUAUUUGGUCCUCUACCACCCGUUCAAGCAUCAUAACACCUGACUCCGCAUCAACGACGGUUGAUCUGUUCUCUACCACCCGUUCAAGCAUGAUAACACCUGACUCCGCAUCAACGACGGUUAAUUUGUACUCUUCCACCCGUUCAAGCAUGAUAACACCUGACUCCGCAUCAACGACGGUUAAUCUGUCCUCUACCACCCGUUCAAGCAUCAUAACACAUGACUCCGCAUCAACGACGGUUGAUCUGUUCUCUACCACCCGUUCAAGCAUCCUAACACCUGACUCCGCAUCAUUGACGGUUAAUCCGUCCCCUGCCUUUAGUCCAAGCAUCACAACACCUGCUCAGCCAACUACUGCUUCUGUCGCAACUCCCUUUGCAAUCUCAACUACAGCGACUCUUCCUACCACAUCCACUGAACCUGUGUCCUCUGUCACUACAGCUCCAGCUCUGACUACUACUACCACUUCUACAACCUCCAGAAAUACAUCUUCAAAGACAACCACAGUUCAUCUGGACCACAACGGACAACCAGUUAGAACAGUGAAACAAUUAUGCACAUGCUUUUGUAAAUCGAAAGGUCGCCUUGAGUCAGUGACAACCCAAGCAAUUUCCGAGAAGAAAGCAAAUCUCAAACAGAAGUUGCAAGUGAAAACAACCAAUCUGACUAGUGCUAUAAGCAAGAAGAACAGCGCAACAGACAGCAGGAAGUCCUCUGCAAGUAUCGGCUAUGUCGCAAUGUUGCUUGUCAUGUUGCCAAUGAUCCUACUUGUGUUUUCAGACCUGGUCCACUUGACAUCUGCGAUUAUUAAGAUCAGUAAACAGACGACUGCUAGGAUGAAUUAAAAGAUGAGUCAUUUCAAACAGGACCUCUUCGAAGGACGAAAAGGCAACUGGUUGCUUGUGUCAUUUCAUACACGAUACACGUACGAGGUUAAUGCUAUCUAAACUGUACAUGUACAAAUAUAGACGUGCUGCACACGGCCAUGCACCGGCACCAUGACUACGCCGUGUGGCCACUGAUUUUCAGUGAUCCAUUCCUCUUAAUGUCGUCGUACUUUGUUUCAGAAGAUAUUCGAGACUGAUUGUCUGAAAUUGAUGUUCUCGAAUCGAAUGGUGUUCUCGCUAUACUAAAUACGUAACAUUUUGCAUGGAUGAUAUCUCAGUGAAUAAUAUCCUCAAACACUACAUGAUAUGACGCAGUAGUUUAAGUGUUCUUUGGUCAUGCUUGGGCAAGUGAAGUUUGUUUAACACGGCAGUCGGAAAAAUAUCUCAGCUGUUUCAUUGCAGCCUGGGGCGGUCGGGUUUCCUAGUGGUUAAAGCAUUCGAAGACCCGGGUACAAUGUGUGAAGCCCAUUGGUAGUGUUCCCCGCCGUGAUGUUGCUGGAAUAUUGUUAAAGGCGGCGUAUAACCUCACUCACUCACUCAUUGCAGUCUGUUAAUAAUCAAGAUAAUAAUACACCAGUGCUAAAGCAACGUCCCAAUGCCUCGGAGAACGAUGACACGCAAUCAACCUACUCAGCCACCGAGCCUGACCUCCCGAUCCAUAAAGCGUGCAAUAGAAUGCUGGAGAUCUACCAAAACCUGAGUCCCCAUGGGGAACAGAUAGAAUAACAGACUAAUAACCACAAAAUCGUUCUGAGUCGGUUACAACUUUGCUAAAUGGCAAUGCUGCAAUUCACGCUGACCAAACGAUUGGCCACCGCUAGCAGCAAGAAGAUCAGUGCAACAACUACAACUUUAAAGACAACGACAGUUUAACUGGUCUAUAACGGACAACCAGUUGGAACAACACAGAGAAUGUUCUUGUACAUCAAAAGGUUUCAUUGAGACAGUGACAAUUCAAGCUGUUUUUGCUAAGAAAACAAGAAAGCGAAACUGCAACAGACGUGACCAAAAACACCGUUAUCAGCAAGAGGACCAGUGCAACCGACAGCAGAAAAUCAUCUUCACAUUAUGGCUGUCGGUCGUAAUGUUGCUUUUUCUGCUUCUUACCUGCUCUCCUGGCACAUACGAUUGCAGGAAUCAUUCACAUGUGCAAACAUACGACAGCUCAAAAUGGCGAUGUGUUCGUGGCAAGAUUGCACGGCAUAGGAAAUGACAGCACAACGAAGAGACAAUGGAUAAAGGUGUUCUGAUCUGUAAUACGGGAUGCAGCUUUUGGAAAUGAUUUGUAUUGAUAGUACGUAUGCAGAACAUAUACUGUGACAGGGAUUUUGAAAGACACGCGACAUGUACAAUUCACGCAUAAUGUUAAAAAAGUGGCGCAUCAAAACA